AAAAAAGAAAAAGACGAAAAAGACGAAAAAGACGGCGGAGUAAAAGUGAAGAAGAAGAAGAAGAGAAGAAGAAGAGAAGAGAGAAGUCGAAGAGCUGGAUGGGAGUCAAGUCCAAGAGGCAAAGAAGAGGAGGAAAAAGCAACGAUAAAAGAAAAAGAAGAAAAAAAAAAAAAGGAACAAGAGAAAACACCCGAGAGAGACGCCAUCAUCCCUGAGAGCAUCCUGAGAGCAUCCAUCCCUGAGAGCAUCCCUAGCCAUCCCGUCCAGAGUCGAGUCCAUCCGCCCGUCUGGCACCGUCUUCGCCUCGCCUCCUCCGUCCGCCGCCCUCGCCUUCGUUUCCCGGGCGCCUGUCUGUCUCUGCUGUCGCCGUCUGCUGGCUCUGCUGGCUCUUCCUAUUACGUAGUUGACUGCGCUAGUCCCUAUUCUGCCUUUACCUCUGCUCGACCUCGACCUCGACCUCUCCGCAACCUCCUCUACUCUGCAUCUUCUACUCUUCCACUCCUCCUCUACUCCUCCGCCGCUCUUCUCCCGCUCUACGGCUGCUGCUUCUUCUACUCUGCCCCUCCAACGCCCGCCUGUCCCGCCUGUCCCUCCUGUUCUCUCUGUCUCUACUAUGGCGACUCGCACGAUGGAAGCCCGAACUGGCCGGACAAACCAGCAACGACGCUGACAGCUUCUUCUUCUUCUUCUCCAGGCUACUCUCCCGCCGGCGAACGCCUCGUCGCAGGCGUCGUCCCCCUCUCCCCAGACAAGUCCAAGGUCCUGCUCAUCCAAUCCGCCCGCCCCGGCGCCUGGGUGCUCCCCAAGGGCGGCUGGGAACUCGACGAGCCCUCCGCCCAGGUCGCCGCCGUCCGCGAGGCCUGGGAGGAGGCCGGCGUCGUCUGCACCGUCACCUCCGACCUGGGCAAGAUCCCCGACAUGCGCAGUGCCACCCAGAUAUCAGCCAAGGCGCCCCGGGUGCUCUACCAGUUCUUCGAGGUGCGCGUCGACCGCGAGGAGAGCCAGUGGCCCGAGAUGCACAAGCGGAAGAGGCAAUGGGUGACCUACUCGCAGGCUGCCGCGGCCCUGGUCGCCCGGCCAGAGCUGCUCGAUGCCCUCAACCGGAGCUCCAUCAAGCGGUGA